CCACAUCUCGCACUUACAAUUGAGAAGACACAAUUUUGACUCCCUUUGAUUGUGUUUUUUAGAAAUUUGAAGUGGGGAUUAGACAGUAUCCAAAUUUAGAUUAAAAAUAAAAGGUAAAUCUUAAAUGGAAUAAGGUUGAUAAAUUUAAGUUUAAUCAUAGAUGGGUGAAUAAUUUGUAAUAAGAAAAUAAAGAAACGAGGGGCAACAUAACCUAAACGCAAUGUUCCCUGGAAGGUAAAUCAUGGAAUAAAAUAAAAAACUAAAGAAUAAUACAGUUCCGCUGUAAAAAUAGAUUUUCCUAGGGAAAAUAAUGUUACCGGAUAAGUUGCGCAUCUAUUACCAUCACUAAUUCUAUGACGAGUGCAUACGUGGCGCUGUGGUAGUAACAUGCCACUCUGAAGUGGCAAAAGUGAGAAAAAGUGUAUGUUGUUUUUAAUUGGUUUGUAUUGUAAUUUGAUAAAAUGAGGUGGCUUAUUUCGUGUUUGCUCUUAAUUUUUCUGAGCUCAAAUGCAAAUUGCUAUUUCAUUACCGUGGAUGCACAUGCCGAAGAAUGCUUCUUUGAGACGGUGGAAGCGGGCACAAAAAUGGGACUCACAUUUGAAAUAGCAGAAGGUGGAUUUUUAGAUAUAGACGUAAGAAUCAUUGGGCCUGAUGGAAAGAUAAUUUACCAAGGGGAACAAGAAAGCAGUGGUAAAUAUACGUUUGCUGCACAUCGUUCUGGUGCUUAUACGUACUGUUUUGGUAAUCAAAAAAGCAGUAUGACACCAAAAGUUGUUAUGUUCAAUAUGGAUGUCGGUGAAUCUCAGAAGCCUAUAGAACAAACUUCAGAUGGUAAAAAUCCUGAGGAUGCAAACCAUAAUAAAAUAGAUGAUAUGAUUAAAGAAUUAAGUACUAGUUUAUGGGGAGUAAAGAAUGAACAAGAAUAUAUGCAGGUUCGUGAUAGAAAUCAUAGAGCUAUUAGCGAAAGCACAAAUUUUCGUGUAGUUAUGUGGGCGUGCUUCGAAGCUAUGGUUCUGGUUUGUAUGACAGUAGGACAAAUUUUCUACUUAAAACGAUUCUUUGAAGUCAGAAGAGUUGUCUAAUUUAAGGUAUAGAAUAAAGUCAUACAUUCAUUGUACAUUUUUCUAUGUGAUUAAGUUAUAAUAGAAUUAAUAAAUUCAAACACUUCACGUUUAUUGUUUUCUCUCGAAUAUAAAAUGCAAACACGCUUUAACAUUGUUGAUAGCAAAACGAACAUUUCAUAAAUUAAUAGAUUUUUUAUGAAUGAAAUAAUGUAUGUUUAUCUGUAAGAUUUACUUAAACGGUAAAUUUGUUGAAAUAAACAGAAUUUCUUUUUUA